AUGCUACAUGCAUUACUUUCUUCUGCAACACCUAUAGUAAACUGGAGUGUUUACUAUAAUCUACAGAAGUUAGCCAUAUACUCCAGUCAGACAUUUUGCCAGUUUAAAAGAAUAUUCUUCAAUAUUAAUAUCUACGGAAGUAUCUAUUUUCUGACACUCAUCAGCUUUGAUCGGUAUGUAGGUGCUGUCCAUCCUAUCAGUUCAUUAAAGUGGUGGGACAAAAACAAGGCUACAUUUUGUACCAUUGCAAUAUGGAUCUUCAUUUUCAUUGAAUCAGUUCCUGAUUUUUACUAUACGUUUGCAGUUGGAAGACGAAAUGACACUGUAGCUUGCCUGGAAUACAUUGGAGAACCUUUACACUUCGUAGUGCCAUUCACAAUCUCCAGAGUUGUAUUUGGAUUCCUAAUUCCAGCCACAGUCAUAUUUACCUGCUAUAUGUUGACUCUUAAGGCAUUACAACAACUGAAGAAGCGUCAACAGAGAAGAAAUAGAAUUGCUAAACCUCUGAUGUUGAUUUCUGUGGCAAUGAUUGUUUUUGCUAUUGCAUUCAUUCCGUAUCAUGUCAUGAUGAUAGCAGUAUUAAUUUACAGAUUGAAUUACCAACUAAACUCUGACAAUAUAAGCAUGAUAUUUACCAUUUAUGAACUCACUGAAAUCAUCUGCAGUAUUAGCAGUUGCUUAGACCCUAUCAUUUUUAUAUUGGUAAGUAAGAAUUUCCAUCAAAGAUUUCAAAUGAUAAAAUGUCCUGCUAAUUCUGGGUGUCACUGCUGCCAUUCACGGAAGGUCAGGGAUAUCACUGUGGCCCAGCAGAGAAUGCGGAAUUAA